AGCGAGGAGGACAGAGAGAGAGAGCGACAGAGGGCGAGGGAGGGAGGGAGGGAGGAGAGAGAGCGAGGGAGCGGGAGGCAUGGCUAUACAAGUCCGGGCCAUGUCUUUCCACUGCUUAUCUUUCCUCCCAAGAAUCAAGAAAAAUUCGAAAGAAAACGCCGCAGCUCUUCCUACUCUGCUUUACAUCAGCAGCCGACGAACUAUCCGGUCGCUGGUCCGAUCAAGCACCGAUUCAUCGAGUAGCAGCGGCCGAUGGGAGGAGUUCUUGAAGCAGCUGCCGACUCCAAUCCCUUGUCUCAGCGACGUCAUCUGGCCCUCGGCAGGAGCGUUUGCGGCCAUGGCAAUACUUGGGAGGCUCGAUCAAUUGUGGGCUCACAAGGGGCUUUCAUUCACAAUAGCUCCCGUUGGCGCGGUAUGCGCCGUCCUCUUCGCGGCUCCGAAAUCCCCCGCCGCUCAGAAAUACAACAUGUUUGUGGCUCAGAUAGGCUGUGCAGCAAUUGGAGUAUUGGCGUUGUCCAUAUUUGGUCCAGGCUGGUUAGCAAGGGCUACUGCCCUUGCGGCAUCUAUAGCUUUCAUGACUGUUACAGGCUCCAUUCAUCCUCCUGCUGCUAGCUUGCCAAUCUUGUUCAUUGACGGUGCAAAGUUCCAUCAUUUGAAUCUCUGGUAUGCAUUGUUUCCUGGAGCGACUGGUUGUCUGCUAAUUUGCUUAAUUCAAGAGGUGGUGACUUUCUUGAAGAGCAACUACAGGUUUUGAACACGAAACAUGAUUUGUCCUCUUAAUCCUUGGGAAGGCCUGUUUCAACCCCAAUUAUGCUGGAGCUGGCCUGAACUACCUUGUAAAUUUCACUGGUAACAACCAAAUGACAAAUAUUUAGUUAAUAUUCGCCAGGGCCUCUAUGUUCAGUUCUCCUUAUCUAACUGUCAAAAUUGAAGUAUUUGUACUGAUAAAACCGAUUUUCCCUAUGAACAAUAAAGGGAGGAAAGUGAAAUAUGUAUAUCUCAUUUUUUUUAGAGUUCAUCUGUAUUUGUUUGAACUUUGAAGGCGUAGAGGAGAAGAAGAAGACAUCGUAGAAUGGUUAUAUUA